AUGAAGCAUACUCUGGCUUCUCUAUGGCAGCCAGGCAGAGGAGUAUUCAUCAAGGAAUUAGAGCCAAAUCUUUAUAUUUUCCAAUUUUAUCAUGAAGUGGAUAUCCAGAGAGUGGUCGAUGGUAGUCCCUGGACUUUUAAUAGAAAUCAACUGAUUUUUCAAAGGUUAAAGAAAGGUGAAGAUCCUAGAAGUAUUACCCUGACUAGUUUAGAGUUGUGGGUUCAAUUACACAAUCUCAAAACUGGUUUCAUGACAGACGUCGUUGUAAAUAAUGUGGCUAAUUACAUAGGUACUUUUGUCAAGUCAGACCCCAAAAACUUCAUGGGAAUCUGGCGUGACUACCUACGUGUUAUAGUCACUAUUAAUAUCGAGAAGCCGCUAAAGAGGAGGAUGAAGCUGAAGAAGACAAAUGGGGAAUGGAUAUGGUGUAACUUCAAGUAUGAAUUUAUUCCUACCUUUUGUUUCAUAUGUGGUCUAAUAGGACAUUCUGAAAGGUUCUGUCCUCGUUUAUUUGAUAAACCAUUGGAAGAAUUAGAAAAACCCUAUGGAAUUUGGAUGAAAGCGGAACCAAGGAGAAGACACAACCAAACUGGUUCAAGGUGGUUGCGCACUGGAACGGAUGCUGAUGCUCAGUUUUCCGAUGAGACAACCGAUCAAGGUGUGAAUAUGGAGACAUUUAAUGCAGUUAAUUCUCAUGAUCAGCGUAUCAAUACCGUCAAUGCUAGAGUUGACAAUGCAAGAAUUGUGGAAAGCAGAGGAAAUCAAGGAAAUCAAGGAGUAAAUUAG